UCUCUCGGUUCCUCCUGGUUCUCGAUCUGUUUUGGAUCCAACUUUUCUCUAAAAUUUCCGACCUUUCUCUUUCUCUCUUUGUUUUCUACCUUAUGGUCAUUUUCUAAUUUGGCAAACCCUCUCUUCCUGAUCUGGAUUCAUAUCUCAAAGAUUCCAUCUUUUAUUACAAACACCAAAGGUAGAAAUUAACUUUAUGAGCUCCAAACAGAAUUAAUGUAGCCUCAACCAGCCAAAACUGAAUCAAACCCAUUUCAAGAAACAGCCAUUUCCAGGUACCCAGUUCCUGAUAUCUAUGGAAUUUGGUCUCUGAAGGCUGCAAAUGUCAGAGCAACAAUAGAACCGGCAAAGAGUGAGCUGAAAUGAAUGCUGCAGAGGCAUGAGAGACAGCAGAAGGUGGGGGCUUAAUAGUCAUUUGUCGGAGUCCAUCUCGUUCCUGCGCACACUUAUGAAGUCUCCUGCGAUCUCUUCCUUGGCCGCGUUGGUUUUCUUCCUCCUCUUCUUCAUCGGCGCGUUUGUCUGCACGCGCCUCCUCAACUCCACUCAGACAGAGACCGUACUUGGUAGCUCAGCCCAAGAUUCAAUACUAAAUACGCGGGUAUCCCAAUUAUACCCUCCACAAAGCCCUGUUCUACCCUUAAAGCCCCCAAAAAUACUCGAAAUCCCACUCAACUGCACUGCUUUCGACCACACCGGAACCUGCCCCUCAAACUACCCCACCACCUCCUCCCCUGACCGAGAUCCCAACCGUCCACCCCCGCCCACGUGUCCAGAUUACUUCCGUUGGAUUCACGAGGACCUCAGGCCAUGGGCCCACACGGGGAUCACAAGGGAGACUUUUCAGAAGGCGAGGCGUACGGCGAAUUUUAAGCUGGUGAUUAAAAACGGCAAGGCGUAUAUGGAGAGAUACCGCAAGUCGUUUCAGAGCCGAGACACUUUUACGCUGUGGGGGAUCCUACAGUUGCUGCGUAGGUACCCAGGGAAAGUGCCUGAUCUAGAGCUCAUGUUUGACUGCGUUGACUGGCCGGUUAUUUUAUCCAAGUUCUUUACCGGGCCCAAUUCCUCUGCCCCGCCACCGGUGUUUCGUUACUGCGGGGAUGACAGCUCGCUUGAUAUAGUCUUCCCUGAUUGGUCCUUUUGGGGAUGGCCUGAAAUUAAUAUAGCUCCGUGGGAGAACUUGUUGAAGCAGCUAGAGGAAGGGAACGGGAGGAGUAGAUGGGUGGACAGAGAGCCUUAUGCUUAUUGGAAGGGGAAUCCGACCGUUGCGGAAACAAGGCAAGACCUACUGAAAUGUAAUGUUUCCGAGGAGCAGGAUUGGAAUGCUCGCGUUUAUGCUCAGGAUUGGUCACGUGAAUCAAAGGAAGGGUUCAAGCAAUCGGAUUUGGCGAGCCAAUGUAUUCAUAGGUAUAAGAUCUAUAUAGAAGGGUCUGCUUGGUCUGUGAGUAACAAGUACAUUCUUGCUUGUGAUUCCGUUACCUUAAUAGUCAAGCCCCGAUACUAUGACUUCUUCACGAGAGAAUUGAUGCCGGUGCACCACUACUGGCCCAUCAAGGAUGAUGACAAGUGCAGGUCUAUUAAGUACGCUGUAGAUUGGGGAAACAGCCACAAGCAAAAGGCACAAGCCAUAGGAAAGGCAGCAAGGAACCUAAUUCAAGAUGAUUUGAAGAUGGACUAUGUAUAUGACUACAUGUUCCAUCUUUUAAGCGAAUAUUCAAAGCUUUUACAAUUCAAGCCCACCAUACCUGGAAAAGCUGUUGAACUCUGCUCAGAGGCAAUGGCAUGCCAAGCACAAGGAUUAGAGAAGAAGUUUAUGAUGGAAUCACUGGUGAAGGGUCCUGCAGUCACUAGCCCAUGUACCAUGCCUCCACCAUAUGACCCUCCAUCUCAUUUUUCAGUGCUUAGGAGAAAAUCAAAUUCUAUACGACAGGUAGAAACAUGGGAGAAGAGCUACUGGGAAAAUCAAAAUAAUCAAACAUAGAAAGGUUUCUAUACUUCUAGACAUCUAUGUAUACAGAACCACGAGUUAUUCUGACUUGUAAUCAGCAGAAAUAUUUUCCACUAGAUAUAUGCAUUGCAAUUUGAUUGCAGUUGUGCUUUAGAGAAAGAAGUUUUCAAAUUG